CAAUCUCCACUGUGGCUUUUGGCAGUGGUCGGCCUGGACAUGGGAAUAAUAUUGGUGAUUAGUACUGGUUUUCUGUUAAGUUUAGCAGUAGCAAACCCAAGUAGACCGUGCGGUUGCAGGCCGGUCUUCGUAUUCUGCGCCAACGACCACCACACGUACCAUAGCAUCUGCGAGUACAAGUGCAGACACCCCUCCACCCCGUUCCAGGACUGGUACAUUCUGUACCAAGAGCCCUGCCUUGAGAUGUCGGACUUGUCGGAGUCGGAGACAACAACUAAACCAAAUUCGCAUCAUAUUCCUAAAUGCAGUAAAGUUCAAGGAUACAAGUGGGAGCCCCGUACCGGCAGCUGCUACAAAUAUCACAUGAUUGUAUGGGACUGGCAAAAAGCCAAGGCAAUUUGCCAAGACGAGGGGGUCACCUGGCUAUCAUCAACAGCAACACUGAAUCUACAGUACUCAAUGAAUUUUACUGGAAGAGCAAAUAUGAAGUGCCUUACACCCCUUACACGCGGCUUGAUAGUGUCCACGCUUAUAUUGGUUUUGAGAAAUCGAGCGAUGGCAAGUGGGUGACUGUAAAUGGUGAGGCCCUCGCUGAAGCAGGAUUCGACAGAUGGGCAGCAGGCGAGCCCAACAAUGGCAACGGUCUUGGGGACGAGAACUGUGGCUCCAUUCGAGGCGGUCUACUCAACGACUUGUUUUGCUCUGACUACUCAGCGUCAUUCAUUUGCGAGAUUACACCAUAAUAAAGCAAUUCUAA